AUGCUAGCAAUCCCAAAAAUUCCUGAGACGGGAGCCAAAUACCAAGCACUUGUAGAAUAUCUUCAUUUAGAAACAAUACCCGAAGAUUAUGAGUGCAAAAAUAAUGUUGUCACAUCAGAGAUUGUUGACCAGCAUGUUUCACGGGUACUGCAAGUUCAACAAUCAGUUAACACAUCACUGGAUAAAUAUCGUGCUAAGCUAUGUAAUCAAGGUAGUGUUCAUAAAAACAAGUCACCAAACAAUAUAAUUAAGGCUGGGACCACAAUCCCAACUUUUUCACAACAAGGUGUGUUCAAAGCACUGGCAUCUAACAACCAUAUAGCAAUCGUGGAAGUGAACGGAAAGAAGAUUCAAGUUCCUGUUAGUAGAAUCAAAAAAAAAUUUUGA